AUGGAUUCCGAUGAUUCUGAUUAUCCUUUAGGAUAUGGUGGGUAUAGAAGUGAAUCUAUUCCUAGAGAUACAUCUGGGGCAACACAACCUAACCCAAACACAACUAAUAAUAUAAUACAAGCAAGGAAUGCGACCCAGGAUGAUGGUAGUAAUGUUAGAGCCAGCGGACCUUCCGCUGAAGGUAAUAUAGUCUCUACAAAUACUACAAUAUCUACAAAUGUGACUGCCACUGGAGUAGGUUCUAACCUUACCUCAAGAGAAUUCCAGACGUUCAUUAUAGACCAGAUGAUGAAAAUUCAAGAACAAAAUGAAACUCUUAGACAUAAAGUUGAAACUUUAGAACAAGAACAAGAAGCAUACUAUUUGAAUAAUGCAAAAAGGCUAGAAAGUGGAUUCAAGGACAUCAAAAAGUCUGUAACGGAAGUUUCACAGUUGAAGAAAUUAUUUAAAGAAGUAGUGGGUAUUAUGUCUGGUGAAAGGUUACGAUUUUUGGAUCAUUCGGAUGAGAACGCUGUAGACCCUAUCACAAGGACCCUAGGCCAAGAAGAUACAGACUACUAUGGCUCAGGACAAGGACGUACUGAAGUUGACUACGCAAGAGAAGCUCACGAUAGAUCUAUUUUGCUAAACUCUGAUAGAAUAGUUGUGAAAAGGGAAACAGAUGGUGAUGAUGGAAAUUUGCCUCUUUUAAGUGAUCAGAUUAUAAGAAAUACGUAUACUGCGACAAGUACGAUUCCUGACAGGCUUAAUGUUAGGUUACCAGGCCAUCAACACCCUGGGGUAAUCUCGAGAGCUCAAGUUUUGGAAGAUGAACAUGCUAGAGAUUCUUUAAUCGCAGCUCAAGAAGAAGGCGACAGAGAAAUGGAAAAUGCGAUAAGAACAGACUUGUGGAAAAAUUAUAAAAUGAAUAUAGCUAUUCAAAGUGUUUAUGAUGUGGCAAAAGAGUACUACGAAGGAUUUCCUGGGAAGCCAUCGCUUUUACAAUUGGAAAGAAAAUUCGGAUCUACUUGGCGUAGACAACGUGGCCAAAGAGUUCUAUUUGCUAAAAGAAAAUGUCUUAUCAGUAGAAUUGAAAACAUCAUAAAGAACCCUAAACAAUACAACCUCCCAGAAGGAAUAAAGAGGAAUCAAGCUAUCAAGGUAUUAGAAAAUAUUAGAUUGGGGAAUAACAGCUAUAAAGGGAACAUUUGUUUGAUGUCGAUAUCUCAAUUAUAUGAAUAUUUGUCGAGGAAAGAUGACAAAGUCGAGGAUUAUUCAUUGAAUAUUAAGCAAAGGGGUAUUCCUAGACGAUUAAUAUUGCAACGUCAGAGAGAAGAUACGAUAAUGAGGAAUAUACAAGAAAGUCAAUCAGCAUCUAGUGAGACGCCGGGUGAAACACUGACAGGAGAAUAUGAACAAAAUCAAGAACAUGAGCCUGACGAACUAGAACCUGGUCAAAACGUUUCGGAAAAUAAUUCCACAAAUUUCGAUAAUAUUACUUAG